UUCUGAAUCCCAAGGACCCGCAGAGAUGGCCAGCUUUCUUACCUUUCUCCUGGCGUCAUUCAGCGCUUUUGGUGCACACGGCGCUCCCGCGGCCCCGCCGACGAACGAGACUCUUCUGACCUGUGGAACUUCUCAAUAUUACCGUUCCGAGUACACCUGCUUCGACGGAAACUUUCUGUGUCCGGUGAUCAACGGCACAGAUUUCAUCCGCUGCGGUCAAUCGUGUCUUUCCUCGUCUCGCUAUACUUGCAAUGACACAAUCGUUGCCCAGGACUCGAGUGACCCGAAAGUGUUGGAAGAUUGUGGCGCUGCCCGUUUCAGCAGCUCCAAGUACAUCUGCCUCGAUGGCAACUUCCUCUGCCCGAUCUUUGGAGGCAAUGCGACGUUGCGCUGCGGUAACGCCUGCUACUCGCCUGUGCACUACAACUGCGACUCCACCGGUGCGCUCGGGCCGUAUAAGCAGUAGACUCGAGUUCUCCAAGACCAAGCCUUUUAUGAUUCAUCU